AUCAUAACAGGUUUCUACUCCAAUAAACAACAAGACAAUGUUGUUAAAUUAAACAGUUUAACACAAUGAAUACUGGCGAUUUCUGAUGACGUCUUCCUUAUAACACCGUCCUCUAUCCUGAAGUAAGCGGAAGUGAAGGUGCGGUAAAAAUGACCGACGGAAAGGUUUCUCCUGUUCUUGCAAGAACUGUACUACAACAAUGUCUCCACGCCAGACUUCAGGUUAAACCACCGGAGGGAGAGUCCCAGGCUGAAUGGGUGGAGAUUCAAAGGGGAAUGGUGAUUUACAUCUGUUUUUUCAAGGGGGCCACGGAAGAUAUUAUCGAAAAAAUAGUGAACACCCUGUUGCAAGUGAAGCUGUGUGAAGCUGACUCGGGGAAGCACAUGUCUGUGCUGGAGCUACCUGGAAACGUGCUUAUCGUCCCCCAGGCUACACUGGGAGGGAAGGCCAAAGGGCGGAGCAUGCAGUAUCAUGGCAACAUUGGGAAAGAGGAGGGGCUACAGCUCUAUACCAGCUUUGUGUCCGAGUGUGAAAAGCAACUGUCCUCAUCCAGCAAGUGCACCGAAGCUGGGGUAGCUGUUAAACAUGGCACCUACGGAAACAGACAAGUGCUGAAACUGGACACCAAUGGACCCUACACACAUAUGUUGGAGUUUUAAUCAUUGUCACCUUUUGUACUUCUCACAGCAGUUAUUUAAUUUUGCCUUCUCUUAGGCCAGUCUGAAAGGGAAACAACAUAGUAUGUGUGUUCAUAUAAAACCCACCCUAAACAAUGAUGUUACCCAGGUAUAAUGCCUCUCCUUUUUUCCAGUUGUAGAGAAUGCAUUCAGAAAUGUUAGUACAGACUGCAGUUCAGAUUAAACUAAAACAAGACUUCAAAAAUAUCUAGAGAGCAGUAGAUUUGGUGCCAUCACAUAGUAUUCUCCAAAUCAUAAAAUGCACACAUCCACUUAAAUGGUAAGAAGAAUUCUGUCCCAAUGGCAUUUUCAUUUCAAAUUGCAUUCUGCAGAUAUAGAUGAAAGAUUUAUUUGAUUUUGACACAUGAAAUACACACCAGUUAUUCUGAGAGUAAAGCAGAACAUAUCAAAUUAUGUAUCGUAUAUAGGGUUCUAUUUCCCUUUUAAUGCGUUCACACUACACACCAUUUACUAGCUUAGGGGUGUCCAGUCAUAUCCUAAAAGGGUCGGUGUGGGUGCAGUUUCUUGUUUUGGCCCAGCAUUACGACACCCGAUUUAGCUAAUUAACUAUUCAUGGUCUUCAAUCUAGAGCCUUGAUAAUUAGAAUAAACUGUCUUAGUGCUGGGCUUAAACAAAAACCUAAACUCACACUGGGCCUUUUUGAAUAAGAAUGGACACCCCUUCCUUAGGUGAUGGGCAUUUACCAAACUCUGGGAUCAAUCCACUUACAACAUAGCUCGUCGACUGGUGUAAUUAAAGGGACCUUUCAAAAUGUGAUUUAUGACUAUUGUCCUGUUUGUUUUUUGCUUAUGAAUUUCUGUCAUAUUUAUAUGCAGUUCAAUAAUUAUGUUUUGCCUGUAUGCAGUAUAUGGGGGACAAAUGAGGGGAAAUGAUUCAAAAGCACCUAGAGUGUGCAUGAAAUGUAAGACUAAUGAAAUGCAUGGUUUGGGCAGGAUUUGAUUUUUUCAACUAAUUCUGUUGAUAUGUGCUGUAGUCACACAAACGGUAUUGAGAGACUGCUGCCACUCUUUGUUAACAGAUUCAUUUUUGCUUGGAUGUCCAUUUUAUGACAAAGGGGUCAUGCUGUGCAAUUUUGUGACAAUUCCGCAUUGGGUGAUUCAGAGUAUUCACCAUGCUAUCUAUUAUAGCUGAUACACAAAUAAAGACCUGCAAAAACUG